GCUGGAUGAACUGAUACAACGAGAAAACCACUUCAAUUUCAUCAAGAUGCAUUACUUGAAUCACUUUGAGCCACAAGUCCGACAUUUUGGGUCCAUCUUAAUGUAUUCUACUGAUAUCGGCGAGCUUGCACAUAAAGAGCAGCUUAAGGAAGGCUACAGGAACUCAAACAAGAAUGACGCAUCCCGGCAGAUCCUGGUGGGGUACGGCCGCUAGCAUGCGAUUGGAAUGAGAUUACUCACGAUAGAGGCACUUAGGAAGAUUGAUAAUGCGGUCGUAUUAGGGAAUACCGGCGUCCGGACCAAAAACAAUAGAAUACAGUCUGCCCCAAGUGAUGAUAGUCCGCGACGAGUCCUGAAAGGCUGGAUCCCUGACGUUGGUACCGUGAUAGAGCUUUGCCGUGCGCUCGAGAUCGCUUACGACGACAUGGCUGCGGUGUUGGUUACCCAUAUCCGGCGGACUGCGGUAGAGAACCGGAGGUUACCCGUGGACCCCAGCGAACUAAGAUUUCUCCCGGCUGAGCGAUUUACAAUGCUGGAAAUCCCAGUGCUCGACUUUCAAGAGACCGACGUCUUUCAGAUUCAUCGAGUACGCUGUACAGGAAAGCUGUCAUUCCGGAACACUGGUGCACGGAAUGAUUGGGUCUGGAUCCAGGUUGGCGGACUGGAUCUAUAUGGGGAUCUGCGUGGGCGCACUGUAGCACGCUUGUUGGGACUAUUUAAGAUAGGAAAUGUCCGGGCUGGGGCAGUUAGUCGGCUAGCAAUGGUUCAAGUACUGGAGCCUGUCAAUGGUGGCAGAUUUCAUGAGUUUAGCGGACAUAUAAGAGUCCGCAAGCGGACCACCGGGAGGGAUGUGAUGAUAAUUGAGAUAGGUGUGGUGGUAGGAUAGGCACACGUGGUUUGCUACGGGGAUGGGCAUUGGCUAGUGAAUAGCAGAAUUGAUCUGCAGACGUUUAAUGAAAUU